UCCCUCACCGCUUUUUCUCACUAGUCAAGCAGAAAAUUCAUCCUUUGGAAGCUGUUUCGUCUUUCACGUCCCAAGGUCCCUGCAUUUUUCUCUUCCCUUCUAGUCUCCAACAUCGAUUUGAAAAAUGAGCGCCGUCGCCGACACAUUUACGCAUUGGUUUAAUUUCCCAGAAAACAUCGAGAAAUUAAUGUUCCCUUCACGGACUCACGAAAGCCGCGAUCACGAGAACAAGGGAUGCAGUAGCAUACCGGCCGACAUUUUGGACACUCCCAAGGAGUUCAUUUUCUACUUAGAUGUUCCAGGCUUGUCCAAGUCGGAUAUCCAGGUUACUGUUGAAGAUGAGAAUACAUUGGUGAUUAAAAGCGGUGGGAAGAGGAAACGAGAGGAAGUUGAAGAGGAAGGGUGCAAAUACAUAAGGCUGGAGAGGAAGGCACCCCAGAAGCUGAUGAGGAAGUUCCGGUUGCCGGAGAACGCCAAUGUGUCAGCCAUUACGGCUAAAUGUGAAAAUGGGGUUUUGACUGUGGUUGUCGAGAAGCUUCCCCCGCCACCAAAGCCCAAAACUGUUGAAGUUGCGAUUGCUUAAAAGGUUCUAGUUGUUGGGGGGAAGGGGGGGGGGAUAGAUAGGUUAAGUUAUAGAGGGCUUUCAAGUUUCUCAACUUUGGGAACUGAAGGAAUCAAACAAUGGUUGCUGUAUUUAGGUGUGGUUCUUCUGUAUGUAUUUUUAUUUGCAGUGUAAUUUAAUUGGGUGGAUUUGCUCCUCCUCAGUCUACAUUCUUUCCUUCUAAUUUUGCAAUUCCUGUAGUUUGUCUGGCACUAAAGGGUUGCCAUUAAAAAGGCGAAAUUGAAGAGAAAAUUACAUAUAUAUUUAA